GAAAAGCUCAUUGUGAUACAAGUUGCAGUGAACGUUUACCCCUGUGGUUUAACGGGGUUUACAAUUGAAGAAAUAUAGUCGAGACUCGUUGUUUUUUAGAUUAAAUUUAGUGAGUGCAGAUUGGGCAGGUGAAUAAGGAGCACAAUAUGAUCACCUCUGCCGCUGGAAUCAUAUCCCUCCUGGAUGAGGACGAGCCGAAGUUGAAGGAAUUUGCUCUUCAUAAACUGAAUGCCAUUGUCAAUGACUUCUGGGCUGAGAUCUCAGAAUCUGUUGAUAAGAUUGAGGUUUUGUAUGAAGAUGAGACAUUCCGGAGUAGGGAGUUUGCAGCUCUUGUUGCCUCCAAAGUUUUUUAUCAUCUUGGAGCCUUUGAAGAAUCCCUGAACUACGCCCUUGGUGCUGGUGACCUUUUCAAUGUGACAGAUGACUCGGAAUAUGUCGAGACCAUUAUUGCUAAAUGUAUUGAUCACUAUACCAAAUUGCGUGUGGAAAAUGCUGAGCUGCCAGAGGAUGAGGAGAAGAAGACCAUUGAUCCCCGUUUGGAGGGCAUUGUUAAUAAGAUGUUCCAGAGGUGCCUGGAUGACCACAAGUACAAGCAGGCCAUUGGCAUUGCUCUGGAGACACGGCGCUUGGACAUCUUCGAGAAAACCAUCUUGGAAUCGAAUGAUGUAGGGGGACUCCUUGCCUACAGUCUAAAGAUCUGCAUGUCACUGAUGCAGAAUAAGAAAUUCCGGAAUGAGGUCCUCAGAGUUCUUGUGAAACUCUACAUGAACCUGGAGAAGCCUGACUUUAUCAAUGUCUGCCAGUGCUUGAUUUUCCUGGAUGACCCACAAGCAGUGAGUGACAUCCUGGAGAAGCUAGUGAAGGAGGACAACCUGCUGAUGGCCUACCAGAUCUGCUUUGAUCUGUAUGAGAGCGCCAGCCAACAGUUCCUCUCGUCAGUCAUUCAGAACCUGCGCACAGUUGGCACGCCAAUCCCUGCUGUGCCUGGCUCCACCAACACGGGCACCGUGCCCACACCAGAAAAGGAUAGUGAUGCCAUGGAGACUGAAGACAAAGUUGGAAGCUCACCUGCGGGAAAGGCUGACUUGCAGAAAGAUGAACCAAAAGACCAGAACUCCAAAAUGAUUAAGAUACUGAGCGGAGAAAUGGCAAUCGAAUUGCAUCUCCAGUUCCUUAUUCGAAAUAACAAUACGGACUUGAUGAUUCUGAAAAAUACAAAGGAUGCUGUUCGAAAUUCAGUGUGUCACACAGCAACGGUCAUAGCCAACUCCUUCAUGCAUACAGGAACCACAAGUGACCAGUUUCUAAGAGAGAAUUUGGAGUGGCUCGCAAGGGCGACCAACUGGGCCAAAUUUACAGCCACAGCCAGCCUUGGUGUCAUCCACAAGGGCCAUGAAAAAGAAGCAUUGCAGUUGAUGGCCACAUACCUGCCCAAGGACACCUCGCCUGGCUCGGCCUAUCAGGAAGGUGGUGGUUUGUACGCCUUGGGUCUCAUCCAUGCCAACCAUGGAGGGGACAUCAUUGACUAUCUCCUCAGUCAGCUCAAGAAUGCCAGCAACGAUAUUGUGCGCCAUGGUGGUGCCCUGGGCCUUGGCUUAGCAGCCCUUGGCACAGCACGACAGGAUGUUUAUGAUCUUCUGAAGUCAAACCUGUAUCAAGAUGACGCAGUUACAGGAGAGGCUGCUGGUCUGGGUCUGGGCUUGGUGAUGCUGGGCUCGAAGUCGGCCCAGGCCAUCGAGGACAUGGUAGGCUACGCCCAGGAGACCCAGCACGAGAAGAUUCUGCGCGGGCUGGCCGUGGGCAUCGCCAUGGUCAUGUACGGCAGGAUGGAGGAAGCUGACGCGCUCAUCGAAAGCCUCUGCAGAGACAAGGACCCCAUCCUGAGACGCUCGGGAAUGUACACAGUGGCCAUGGCCUACUGCGGCUCCGGGAACAACAAGGCCAUCCGACGCCUGCUCCACGUGGCUGUCAGUGACGUAAAUGAUGAUGUGAGGAGAGCAGCGGUUGAGUCCAUUGGCUUCAUCUUGUUUAGGACUCCAGAUCAGUGCCCCAGCGUGGUGUCCUUGCUGUCGGAGAGCUACAACCCUCAUGUGCGCUGCGGAGCGGCCAUGGCCCUGGGGAUCUGCUGUGCUGGCACAGGACUCAAGGAAGCCAUAAACCUUCUGGAGCCCAUGACCAACGACCCCGUGAAUUACGUCAGACAGGGAGCCCUCAUUGCCUCUGCCCUCAUCAUGAUUCAACAGACCGAGGUCACUUGUCCGAAGGUCGCUCAGUUCAGGCAGCUGUACUCCAAGGUCAUCAACGACAAACACGACGACGUGAUGGCCAAGUUCGGGGCCAUCUUGGCCCAGGGCAUCCUGGAUGCAGGUGGCCGUAACAUGUCCAUCUCGCUGCAGUCACGCACAGGUCACACACACAUGCCAUCUGUGGUGGGGCUGCUGGUCUUCACUCAGUUCUGGUUCUGGUUCCCGCUCUCCCACUUCCUGUCGCUGGCCUUCACCCCCACCGCCAUCAUCGGCCUCAACAAGGACCUGAAGAUGCCCAAGGUGCAGUACAGGUCCAACUGCAAGCCCUCCACAUUCGCCUACCCACCCGCGCUGGAGGUGCCCAAGGAGAAAGAGAAGGAGAAGGUCUCCACCGCUGUUCUCUCCAUCACCGCCAAGGCCAAGAAGAAGGAGAAGGAAAAGGAGAAGAAGGAGAAGGAGGAGGAGAAGAUGGAAGUGGAGACGGAUGGAGACAAAGAAAAGAAGGAUGAGGAGAAAGAGAAAGAGAAGAAGAAGGAGCCCGAGCCCAACUUCCAGCUGCUGGAGAACCCGGCCCGAGUGAUGCCGGCCCAGCUCAAAGUGCUGGCCAUGCCCGAGACCUGCCGCUACCAGCCCUUCAAGCCUUUGCACACGGGCGGCAUCAUCAUCCUGAAAGACACCAGUGAGGAAGAGGAGGAGCUAGUGGAGCCCGUCUCUGCCCACGGCCCCAAGAUCGAGGAGGAAGAGCAGGAGCCCGAGGCCCCCGAGCCCUUUGUAUACGAAGACGAGUGAGCACACUCCACCCACAAGGUGGUGUUUGAAUUCACGGCAGACCCUAGCAUGAACCUUUCAGAGCACCCAGCUCCACCCCACCCCACCCUCGCCCAUCUCCAUGCCCUUUUUACAUGUUCUUUUCGCUACCUGGCCUCGACAGAAUGGGGAGGUUUAACGUUAUCUUGUUUAAUGGUUUCAUUUUCUGUCAGUACAAGAAAUAAAAUAUAUCUCACAAA